GCCUCAGCUUGCUCUCUGUGUAAGACUCAGUGGAUCUGAUCAGUCUGCUUGGUGUAUCAGGACUGUGACUCACACUGCCACAACUUCUCUCUGUGAAACUCAAAACACACUCUGUCUUCACUGUUAAAAUGUGUGUGUGCAGAAUGAAACAGCCUCAGAAUAAAUGAUCACUGCACAUAUUUAUCUUCACUUCUGAUGAUUCCGGUGUUCAGAGCAGAGUGUGUGGGAGCAGCGGAGAUCACACAGCCCCCUGCUCUCCCUCUCAGUGCCUCCCUCUCCCUCUCUGGGUGAUCGCCUCAGUGCCGCUGACUGUGUGUUGGACUCCGGAGCGUCACCCCGACCUGACGCACUCUUGUUCCAGCCCGCAGCUGUCACCAUUACGUCAUGCGUAUUGGCCCGUGGCAGAGAGAGGCAAACAACGCGAGAGAGGGAGAGAGAGAGAGAAAGAGGGGGAGAGAGAGAGAGAGAGAGAGAGUUGGACCCCUGCGCUCUGCUCCAUCGAUCCGCAGAGGCGCACAGAGGAGCUUCUAUCCGACGCUGGCCACAGUUUCUGAGCUUUGGUUUUUUUCAGGGGGAUGCCAAGUGUGGAUUGGGUGUUUGAAACAUGCUGCUGGGCACUUUGGUAGUGGUUGCGAUCUGCCUGUGGGGUACUGAUGUGAGCAGAGCCUAUGUGUUUCAAGCCAGCGGGCCUGCAGAGGGAGGAGACAACCCACCGCCUCACACUAAAGUCAUCUCAGAGUGGGUCAGCUCAGCAGGCUCCUGUAAGGGGAGGUGCUUUGAGCUGGAGGAGGCCAAACCUCCAGGAUGCAGAUGUGACAAUCUGUGUAAAACCUACUACAGCUGCUGCUCUGACUUCGACGAACACUGUCUAAAAACAGCGGGAGGUUUCGAGUGCACUCAGGAUCGCUGUGGGGAGGAGAGGAAUGACGACCAUGCCUGCCACUGCUCAGAGGACUGUUUGGAGAGAGGAGACUGCUGCUCCAACUACAAGUCACUCUGCAAAGGUGAGACUUCAUGGGUGCACGGUGACUGUGAGGAGAUCAAGAGUGCUGAAUGUCCCGCAGGCUUCAUCCGUCCUCCCCUCAUCAUGCUGUCUGUCGACGGGUUCAGAGCCUCCUACCUGAAGAAGGACAAAUCUGUCAUCCCCAACAUUCACAAGCUCAGAUCGUGCGGCACAUCAGCGCCCUACAUGCGACCCGUCUACCCAUCAAAGACCUUCCCAAACUUAUACACCCUAGCUACAGGUCUUUACCCAGAGUCCCACGGGAUUGUGGGGAACACCAUGCAUGACCCGGUGUUUAAUGCCACCUUCAGCCUGCGCACCAGAGAGAAACUGAACCACCGGUGGUGGGGCGGACAGCCAAUCUGGAUCACGGCGGAGAAGCAGGGAGUGAAAGCAGGAACUUUCUUCUGGCCUUGGGUGAUUCCUCUGGAGAGGAGGAUUCUGACGAUCCUGCGUUGGCUGCACCUGCCUGAUAAUGAGAGGCCGUACGUCUACGCUGUCCACUCGGAGCAGCCCGAUACCUACGGACAUCGACUGGGGCCGCUCAGCAGUGAGCUGGACAACCCUCUGAGGGAACUGGAUAACAUCAUCGGUCAGCUGAUGAACGGCCUGAAGCAGAUGAACCUGCACCGCUGUGUCAACGUCAUCAUUGUAGGAGACCACGGUAUGGAGGAGGCCCACUGUGACAGGACAGAGUUUCUCAGCAGCUAUCCUCUCAACAUAGACGAGAUCACGCUGAUCCCCGGCUCGCUGGGCAGAAUACGACCCCGCGACCCCAAAUCCACCACGUAUGACCCUAAAGUAGUUGUGGCAAACCUCACUUGUAAAAUGCCGACUCAGCACUUCAAGCCGUACCUGAAGCAGCAUUUACCCAAGAGGCUUCACUACGCCAACAACCGCAGGAUCGAGGACGUCCACCUGCUGAUGGAGAGGAAGUGGCACAUCGCCAGGAAAAUGCCAGAGAAACUGAGGACGCGUUGUGGUUUCUUUGGUGACCACGGAUUUGACAACAAGAUAACCAGCAUGAGGACGAUCUUUAUGGGCCACGGGCCGAGCUUCAAGUUCCAGAAAAGAGUGCCAGAGUUUGAGAAUAUAGAGUUGUACAACGUCAUGUGUGACUUGUUGGGGCUGAAGCCGGCCCCAAACAACGGGACACACGGCAGCCUGAACGACAUGCUCAAAGAGCCGCCGCACCAGCCCAGCAUGCCGGAGGAAGUCACACCGCCGUCGCUGGCGUCCGACACCGAGGUCACCGUGUCGCACGACCUGGGCUGCAGCUGUGACGAUGAGAACAAAGUGGAGGAGAUCAUUGAAUCCUUCAGUCCCGCACCAGAUGGACUCUACAGUUACAACAGCACCCACCUCCCGUUCGGUCGUCCCGCCGUCAUGUUUGACACUCAGUACAGUUUGCUUCAUCACGUGGAGUUCAUCAGUGGAUACAGCAAAGAGCUGGCCAUGCCUCUGUGGACAGCGUACACUCUGCCACGGCAGGAGGAGAUGACUCCUGUGCCGGAGGUCUCUCCCAGUGCUGCUCAGUGCAUCCGAGUCGACUCCAGAGUGUCGGCUGAUCACAGUCAGAGCUGCACCACCUACAACCAGAACAACCACCUCACCUACGGCUUCCUCUUCCCCCCAGAGCUGGCAUCGUCUCCUGAGUCCAGAUACGACGCUUCGCUCAUCACCAACACCGUUCCCAUGUACGCCGCCUUCAAGAAGAUGUGGAGUUACCUGCAGGGGACGCUGCUGAGACGUUACGCAGAGGAACACAACGGGGUCAACAUCCUCACUGGACCCAUCUUUGACUACAACUACGACGGCCUCCGUGACACCACAGAGAAGAUAAAAGAGUUCUCACCUGACGCACCACCCGUCCCCACCCACUUCUACACGGUUGUGACGAGCUGUCAGGAGCUGAACCAGACUUUGGAGGAGUGUGAUGGAGGGCUCAGGGUCUUCUCCUUCCUGCUCCCCCACAGACCAGACAACAGCAAAGCCUGCAAUAGUGCUGAGGAUGAGUCACAGUGGGUUGAAGACCUACUGAAGCUCCAUACAGCCCGAGUCCGAGAUGUGGAGAUCCUGACGGGCCUGGACCUCUACCGGUCCACCAACCUCACAUACACCAGCACCCUGAGCCUCAAAACCUACCUGCACACCUUUGAGAGUGAUGACUAGACACACAAAGAGACAAACACAACACAUACAGGAUGUAGCCAUUUAUAAAAGUUUUCACUACAUGCUCGCUGGACAGCCAGCGCAUCGUUGUUCCACUCCUGAGGAACUGCCAGGAAGUGCUUGGAAAGGGAAGCACAUUUUUUAAAUUUGAAAAGAUUAAAAUAACGGUUUGGCAAGAAGUAGUUUGAAGAUUGAAACAGGAAUAUUCAAUACUAUCCUUGAAAUCUGAGAAAGAAUAAGCUAGUACAGGAAUGAUGCAGGAUGGGGGACUUUUCUAACAGCUGCCUCUACAGUUUUCAUUAAUACACUAUAUAGAGUAUAUCCUCAAACACACAUAAAGGACCAUACCAGUGUUGUAGCUCCAUAAUUAUAAAUUAUGUAUUCUUCAUAUUCCUACUGACCAUCCAUGUUGUAGAAUCAAAACAACUUACCUGACUUUAAAUUGGCCGUAAAUGUGAAUGUGACCGUGAAUGGUCUCUAUAUGUCAGCCCUGUGAUGAGCUGGUCAUCUAUUCAGGGCUGGGAUUGGCUCCAGACUCCCUGCGACCCUUAAGGAUAAGUGGUAUGAUGGAAGGAGGAAUAAUGUUUCCUUUCUUAUAAAAAUCAAUUGGUAAGCAAGGAAUAUGAUUAUUAUGAAGUACACAGUUUCAAACAGACCUUUAAAUUAGAUUUACAUGCCAUAUGGAAAUAAACAGAGGAUAACUGCUGCCAGAAAAGUUUUUAAAAUAUGAAAGUCUACAGCAGGGUUGAAUCAUUUUUAGUUAAUAGGCUAAAACAUACAAAACUGCUGGUAUGGUUCUGUAAAGGAAUAGUUUGACAUUUUGGGAAAUAUACUUAUUCUCUUUCUUGUUGAGAGUUAGAUGAGACUGACACUGCUCUCAUGUCUUUAUGUAAAAUAUGAAGCUGGAGCCAGUAGCAUGGCUUAGCAUAAAGAUUGGAAACAGCUAACCCGGGUUUGUCCGAUUCAAUCUGUCUAUCAGCACUCACCAGUUAACACAUGAUAUAUCUUGCUUGUUUAACUUUAGAAGGAAUGGGCGGAUGUUGUGGCCUUUGGAUAGAGCUGGGUGAGCCAUUUCGCCCCAGGUUCCAGUCUAUCUGCUAAGCUAAGCUAAGCUAAACUAACCCUCUCCUGGGUGUAGCUUCAUAUUAAAAACACACAAGAAGGCUAUCAAUAUUCUCAUCGAACUGGAAAAAAAAAGAUUCCUCUAAAACAACAUGCAAUAUACAUAUACACAUAUAGAACAUACUCAUACAGACACACAGAACACAACAUGUGAACACCAGGGUCAGAAAAUAACCAGAGGUUUUAUGAAGUUUUCAAAACUUCUGGCAUCAAUCGAGAAUUAAAAAAAGUAAAUAAUAUGGUAAAAGAAACAGGGGAACAGCCCCAUCCCGCUUUUCCUUGCUGACAUUUUCCAGCAGCGGGUAAGUACAAUUAAAUUUCUCCUGAAAUGCUCAUAAAUGAAGAAGAAAUAGCAGUUACUUUCUAACCCUGGUGCAGACACGAACAUGUUUGUACUUAUUUCACCCACAUGCAGCAACUGUAACAGUUUUCUCUGUUUCCACAUCUCUGUUGCACUCAUCUCUCCUUCUCUCCCUCUGUCUCAGCUGAUCAUCUAGGUGUAUAUUUUUAUACAAUUUUUCAUAUUUAUUAUGUAGCAUCAUGAUAAUAACAGCACCUAGUGUUACAGUAUUAAUCCAGUGUAACAGGUCCCCAUUUACUGUAAUAAUAUAGAAAUAUAUCACUGAUAUUGUGGUUUUUUUCAAGGAGGUGACCAGACUGAUGCUGCUGAAAAGGAGCAUGAUUUUGUUUUAAAUAUGGGUCUUAUAUUUUAUACAUAUAUAUUAGCAUGAUAAAAGUUUACCCAGCAACUUUGUUGUGGAGAUGCAGACACACAACAAAAGGUUUAUGAGUCUGAGUCAGGCUUUGAAACAUGUCAAGUUUAAAUCCACAACCACUCACAGCAUUUGGAGGUGAAACUUAACAUUCCUAAAACUUUUCAUAUAAACGUCUGUUUCUGUGCAAGUCUGUGUACUGUACGUACCUAGCUAUGGUAAGUUUGGUAGGUCAAUAAAAAAAAAAAACUGAUGGUGAACUUUUCUAGAGAAGUGCUGACUUGCAGACACACCUAACUGGCACUUGGAAACUCUCCCACUCAUCACUCUAUAAACUGCAUUGUUCAGGAUCAAGAAGUUAUGAGUAAGUCUCUCUCCCAGUCUGUCUUUCAAUGUCCACGUGGUCAAAUAUAGUAGAAGACCUGCAAUCAUCUGUGAUCACUUGGUCCCUGUGUUUCUGCAAAAUGACUAAAGCCUGCUAAAAGUUGCCACAGUCACCUCAUCCAACUUCCUGCGUUCACACAUGUAACUCUGCACAGAUAAACGCAGUCAGAACAUGUCUUUUUUUCAAGUUUGGAAUUUACGUUCAUAAAGUUACACUGAUGAGUUAACAUAGCUAGCUUCUAUGGUAAUCAGUAGAACACAUAAAUAAUCAAAAUAUCAAUAAAGUGACCUAGGAGCUUGCCAAGCUGUAGAUGAAGCCAUGUUUAUUCCUGUAGUCUUUCAAAUAAAAUCUCUAGAGAACUGAAAA